AUGGAUACAAGAGCAUUAAACGAGACUGUUGAAUGCGACCUUUGGAAUCUCAGUGUACGAUCUCUGCGCCGAAAUUUGGACAUUCGCCGCGAACAGGCUGAAAUUCUGAUCAAAGGUUUUGAAGGGAAAACAAGGGAUAUCGAGCAAAUUACAAAGUCGAUAAGAGCCCAAAUCAUUCAGUAUAACCGCGUAGUUUCUGAAAGAGCGAAGCUAAUUAAUCAACUGGAUGAGUUUUUUUCAGAAGAAAAAGUGCUACACUCAACUUCUCGUCGGGCUGGGGUAGAACCCUUAGAUCUGGGUCAGUUGGAGGAGCCUGCGACAGCAGACGAAGGGAACAACAUUUUGGUGUCGGAAUCUGCAGCGGAUCAACAAAGCUCAUUGUCCGAAGAUAGUACUGAUGUAGGAAUUAUACGCACUGCCUCGCAGUCUACCGUUUGCGAAGAGUCACUUUCUUAUUUUGAUGAAGAAGAGAAGACUCGUAGUUCAGCAAGCUCUUUUACUCUGCACCAAUCGGAUGUGGAUGAUGCGAAAUUGGGAAAGCAAAAUAUUGAUGCGGAGCCUCAUCCAUCACGUAGAACCUUGGACACAGUGGAAACCCUGGCGAUGUUGUCACGUCAGACAGUGACGGUUGGCGGUGAUGAAAACUCCUUGGAUGAUGCCGACCAGCUUCUUGACAAACUGAUAUAUUACUUUGAGCAAGCAAAGGUUGCCACAAUUGAGGAAGUUUCACCUGAAGAGCAGUCAUUGUCAGACAGUGGAAAAUUAUUUGACAGAACUUUCACAGAAACUGCUAUUACUGGGCCAAUGCUGCCGAAUGCGCCUUCUGUAGAAGCAGACCAGUCUGUGGACGUGGUAGACGGAAUGAACGACGUUAUGAUAACUCCUCACGAAAACACCGGAUUGGAAGUGUCUAUAACCAACUCUGGAAUCUGGAGUGAAGCAGAAGUUAGCGUUCCAGACAUAAUAACACAUGUUAGUGAAGACGCCUCCACUUUGGAAACGCCAAGCUUUAUCGGAGAUGCAGCUGACAUAGCCGAAACCGCGGAAAGUGGAAAUACUAAUCUUAGUCCACUUGAGCACAGCCAUGGAGAGACGGAAAAGGUUUCGAACGAAGGUGAUAAAAUUUGA